GGCCCCACACUGGGGAGUGUGCCCUGGGUGGCGGACAGUGGUCCCUUCUAUUCCCCUGCAGCCCCAUUCUUCCACUCCCGAGGUCAGUGGCAACUGGCAGAACCCUCAGCCCGCCACACUCUGCCCGCUUCCCUCAUCCUGCACUUGUGUGUGAGGGUGUGCUGGAAAUGGCCAGGCCUCCCGCUUGUCUCCCUGUAUCUGCAGUGGGUGAAUGUGUUCCACGUGGUAGAGCACAAGGGGAGCCAUCUCCCCUUCAAGGCUGACAUCAGCAAGCUGGUCCAGAGCGGGCCCCUGUCCUCCUGCCGCAUCACCAUCGCCGUCAACAACACGCUGUCCCCCCACACCCUGCCGCCUGGGACCAUCCUCUACAAGACGGACCCCUCCAUGUACCCCAAGGGUUACUUUGUCCAGAACACAAAGUUUGACUUCUUCAACUACGCGGGACUGCAUCGGUCCGUGCUCCUCUACACCACGCCUACCACCUACAUCGAUGACAUUACCGUCACCACCGACGUGGACCAAGACAUUGGGUGGGUGAAUUACAGGAUUGUCGUCCAGGGCAGUGACCACUUCCAACUGGAUGUGUGUCUUCUGGAUGAGGAAGGCAAAGUCGUGGCCAAAGGGGCAGGGGCCCAGGGCCAGCUGCAGGUGCCCAGUGCCCACCUCUGGUGGCCGUACCUGAUGCAUGAGCACCCUGCCUACCUGUACUUGUUGGAGGUGAACUUGAUGGCGCAGAUGGCCGUGGGGCCCGUGUCUGACUUCUACACCCUCCCGGUGGGGAUCCGCACCGUGGCCGUCCCUGAGAACCAGUUCCUCAUCAAUGGGAAGCCGUUCUAUUUCCGAGGGGUCAACAAGCAUGAGGAUUCAGACAUCCGAGGGAAGGGCUUUGACUGGGCGCUGCUGGUGAAGGACUUCAACCUGCUUCGCUGGCUGGGUGCCAACGCCUUCUGCACCAGCCAUUACCCCUACGCAGAGGAGGUGCUGCAGCUCUGUGACCGCUACGGGAUCGUAGUCAUUGACGAGAGCCCUGGCGUGGGCAUCGUGCUGGUUGAGAGCUUCAGCAACGUGUCUCUGCAGCACCACCUGGAGGUGAUGGAGGAAAUGAUCCGCAGGGACAAGAAUCACCCGGCCGUUGUAAUGUGGUCCUUGGCCAAUGAGCCCGCUUCCUUCCUGAAACCGGCUGGUUACUACUUCAAGACGCUGAUUGCCCACACUAAAGCCUUGGACCCCUCCCGGCCCGUGACCUUUGUGACCAACACCAACUAUGAAGCAGACCUGGGGGCGCCGUACGUGGACGUCAUCUGUGUGAACAGUUACUACUCCUGGUACCACGACUAUGGGCACAUGGAGGUGAUUCAGCUGCAGUUGGCAACCCAGUUCGAGAACUGGUAUAAGGCCUACCAGAAGCCGAUGAUUCAGAGCGAGUACGGAGCAGAUGCCAUUGAAGGGUUUCACGAGGAUCCACCACUGAUGUUCAAUGAAGAGUACCAGAAAGGCCUGCUCGAGCAGUAUCAUAUGGUUCUGGACCAAAAACACAAAGAAUAUGUGGUUGGCGAGCUCAUCUGGAAUUUUGCUGAUUUCAUGACUAACCAGUGAUUUUGGUGAGAUUUGUGUAUUAAUAGAAGAGGUCUCUGCAUCUCUGCUGGCUUGGGGGACCUGCUGUUAUUGAACAGUGACCACGUGCCAGACCUCACUUCAGGCUCUUUGCAGCCUCAACGUGACCAUCCUUUCCCUUGACCACAGCAUGGGCAGACCCCUCUGGCACCACCUGUCUGUGGGCCUCACCUCAAGGGCAGGACCAAGCACAUACCCCCUCCCUCUGCCGCAGGUCUUCCAGACCCACCCACACCUGCCUCCUCUCAAGAUCACCCUCCUGGCACACAACCCCCAAGUUUGAGAGCCUCGGGGAGAAGAGGAGUGUCUUGCCUGCAGGGUAGAGAUGACACCAGUGGCCACUUGGAGGACGGCGCUCAUGGUGUCGGACACUUCAAACACGGCUUCCUUGUCUUCCUGGGAGACACGUGGCAGGAAGUAAGGCCCCAGGAGCUGGGUCCUCACGGAGGCACCCCCACUGCCUCCCACUGGGAACACACAGCACCUCAUACACCCCGCAUUGAGGAAGAGGAGAGAGCUCUCAGGGUGGUCAAGGGCUGGGUGUACACGAUGGGAGGUGGCAAUUCUGUGGGGCCCCUGCCCGGAUGAGCCAAGACCCCGAGAACUGGUGUGUGAGGUAGAACAGGGGGUCCCGAACCUGUAAGUCCUUGUUGUAGGUGCUCGGAAGUCCCUUGAGUGUCAUCAGGAGCCCAGCACACUGCGGGGAAAGGGAGGACUUCAGAGCUUGUCCAGGACGUUCCCUCUGGACCCUCGGGUCAGCCCUGAGGCCGUGCCCCUUUCCCUGCCUGGCUCACCCGUCCAAACACUCGCCCCGCCUUGCUCCGGAUCAGCUCCAGGCUGUCUGGGUUUUUCUUCUGGGGCAUCAGGCUGCUUCCAGUGCUGGAGACACAGAUGUUGGGGCUGAAGGGGCUCCCGCGCCACUUGGCUGGUCUGCUGGGCAGCUCUGCCCAGGGCAGGGGUGGGGAGGAAUCAAGCCCUUCCGGGGGCUGCAGGGCUAGGCGAGGGUGGGCGCAGCCUCACCUGUAGGCAUCUGAGAGCUGCACGAAGCUGAACUCCUUGGUGCCAUAGAGGAUGAGAUCCUCAGCCAUCCUGCUGAGGUGGGUCAUGCACAGCGAAGCCCAGAACAGGAACUCAGCUUGUGGGAGAAAAGAGAGAGCAAGCUAUCUGCUCACCAGGCCUGUCUUGCUGCUCACCCAGCCUGGAGAAGCUCCAGGUGGGCCAUACAGGGGUGGCAGGAAGCUGGAGAGGAGCCAGGGCGGGGGAACAGAGGCAGCACACACUGCAGGGGACUGGCCCUGGAGGACAGGCGGGCUGGCUCCCAGGUUGUUAUUGUUUAGUUGCUAAGUUGUGUCUGACUCUUCCUCUGUCCAUGGGAUUUCCCAGGCAAGAAUCCUGGUGUGGAUUGCCAUUUCGUCCUCCAGGGGGUCUUCCCAACCCAGGGAUCAAACCCGCAUCUCGUGCUUGGCUCCCAGGACUCACCCACAAAGUCUCGCUCACUGGUGGCAUCCAUGCUGUUGAGGGUGAUGGCCCCAAAGUCCAGUUCUGAGUGAGGUGGGAAAGGGAAGGCAAUAGGGCUGGGCUGGAGGGCUGGGAAGGGCCUUCUCCCUUCCCCGAACCAGGUUGCCCAGCCACCUCCCCCUGGACCCCUUUUCAGGGAGGCAGAGUAGGGAGGGGCAGGAGUUGGGGAGGUCUCUUGUACAGGUCCCAGGAGGGAGGUGGGAGUCCUGAGUUUCCCCGGCUCCACACACCCCUAGCAUGACCUCCCCAGGCCACUCUAGCCUCGUGUCCACAGAAACAAACCAGAGUUUCACCUGGACCCCUGCCCUCUCUAGGUGUGUGUCUGUGGGACCUGGCAGGUACUGAGGGUGGUCUCCCAGGAAAGGAGGGGCAGGGUGCCUCACCUGCUCGGAGCAGUUCCCGGUCCACACCCAGGGGGUUGCCUGCGAUGGCCCCGCUGCAGAGUGGGGUGGGGUUCUGAGUGACCAGGGCUCCCACAGGCAGGCCCUGGCCGUACAUACAUGCACACGCAUGCUGCGCGCUGGUUGCCAGGGCCAGAGCCUGGUCAGCUUGGGAGCCAGACACCUGUCCCCACAGGUGGGGAAACACAGCUGGCUGGCUCUCCAGAGAGCCCUGGCUUUGCUGUGACAUACUCGUUCUCAUCUUAGAGCUGAGGGCCCAUGUAUGGUCCCCUUCCCACCCUGGACAGGGAGGCUGAUCACCUGGCUUCCGGUCCCCCUCUGUCCUUCCUGGCUCCUCCUCUUCUGCUGAACCCCUAGGACCACGUUAACUAGGUGGCAGGAACCCCACUCCACCCUCUGAGCACUGGGCCCUGCUCACCUCCCCAGGGGCAGGACGUUGAUCCGCUUCCGCACCUCCAGCAGCCUUUCGGAGUCUCUGGUCAGAGCCACGGCAUGGCUGUGGAAGGCCAGGAGGCCAGAGGGUCAGGGCAGCCUGGCCUGGCCCCUCCCCUCUGCCACGCCCCCUCAUCACAUCCUCCAUAGCGAGUCUCCAUCAUGACCCCUCUGACCUCAGGAUCCAGUGGCUCCAGCGGAUGGGCUGAGCCCUCUGCAGGUGUGUGUACCCUGGGAAGAGGACAUCACGUUCUCUGCGGGGAAGAGCAAGGACAGGGUGUGUGAGGGGCUCUCAAGAUUCAGGUGAGGCCUGCCUGUCACACUUGGGACCCUGCAGGCCUGGGGCCCUCUUGGGAACAGCAGGGCAGGCUCGCCAAGGGUCUGCCUGUUUGAGGGACCAAGUGACCUCCUGAAGACAAAACACGGUGUCAGCGAAGGUUGGGAAGCAGGCAGUGUGCUGGGCCAUGGCUGUGGGGCCUCCAGGGGGUGAGUGUAGGACCUGAUGUAGAUCACACCUUCAGCUCCCGCCUCUGCACCUUGGCAGCAGAUCUGGGCAGGGGCCAGGGCAGGGAGGAAGGAGCACGGCCGGUACCACUGGCACUGAGAGGCUGAGUUUGUGAGCAUGAGAGGAGCCCUGGAGGAGCCCAGAAAAGCUGGGAGCAUUUUAGCGUAGGCUGCACAGUAGCAGAGAUGCUGUGGGUGAUGGUUCUGGUUUGUUAAUAUUAAUGACUUUAUUGAGAUAUAAUUAAUAUACCAGUCACCCAUUUAAAGUGUACCAUCAUCCCAAGAGAGAAACCCUUACUCAUUAGCACUCACUCCCUAUUCUCCCAACACCUGUCUCCCACAGGUUGACAUUUCUGGGCCCUUGUUUUCCCCUAGUUGUGAAGUCAGUGAAACGGGUUACCGGGAGUUGGGACAAGGAAGGCUCAACCCUGUCUCUGACACAAGUAGACUCUUCUCAGCAGUCAUGUCACAGAGCUUUGGGAUGAGGUCAGUGGGAGGCAGCCCUCAGCUCUCUCCUUUGCCUGUGGUGCUGGGCAGGGAUGGGGGACCUGAGAUGCAGGCAACUGAGAAGGGACUCUCUGGCAGCCCCAGCAAGCCAGCUCCUUCCUCAGGCUUCAGGGCACCUGCCUGGUGCCUUAGCCUCCAGCCUGUGAAUCCACAAAGGGUGAGCUCCCCUGCGUGUUAAGCUGGGCCGGCUGUGGGUAGGUGAUGCUGAAAGAAAUGGCCUGCUGCUGGCUGCUCUGCCUCACUCGGCCCAGGAGUUCUGGGGCUCCCAGUACCCCAGAGCCUGGCCCCCCUGCCCUCUUCACCCUGCCACUUAGGUCUGGCAUUCAGGCUGCCUGUCUCGGGAGAGCAGAGACCUUGGCUGCCCUCCUGGCCCUCUCUGCCACCAGGUGACCCCGGGACUCACGCCUCUGCCCGAUCCACCAUGGUUCUGAUGAGUUCGCAGAGGAGGGCUGAGAGCAUGGAGCAAUUCUGCCGCAUCCACAGCCUGAGGUCAGUGACCACCUGGGGGAAGGAGGAGCUGGCACUCAGGGACUCAGCCCUAACUCUGCUCCUUGGACCCCCCAAGGUUAGGAAGGCCCCCAGUGGGGGGGGCAGGGAGGUGGCGGCACCUGGUCGUUCCGACUUCGUCCCGUGUGCAGCUUCCCUGCGGUUUCACCAAUGAGCUCCUGGGGGUGGAAGGAGGCAUGCAGUUGGGAUCUGCCUGCUCACAGCCCUGUGGGGUCAGCUCAGGCAGCUCCACUUCCUCCCUGGCCUGUGACUCUCCCUCCCUGCCCUGGGGUCCCCUGGAUCUGCCCAAUCUCUGCCAUCUCUGCUGCUGCCUCCUGCUCUGAAGUCCCAGUGAUGAAGUGAACAGAAUGGUGGUGCUUAUGCUCAAGUGGCCCCAGGCAAGACAGAGAGGGGAGGGGUAGGGGAUGAGGCAGUGGGUGUCGCACCUUCAGACGCCGCUCGUUGGCCGUAUGGAUGUCCUCAUCAUUGGGGUUUAGUUUGAAGGUGCCCUGAGCCCACUCCUCAGCUACCUGCAGAGAUGGCAGCAACACAGGGUGUCAGGAGGGCAGGCAUCAGCAGCUGAGUCCUGGCAGCAUUCCUUGUGAGCAUCUCAGGUCCAGAGCACCUUUCUCAGGAGCCACAGGAUCACAGGGGCAUUGAGGGAUGAAGAGAGACGGUCAGCACUGCACGUGGUUGAAGGGCACCUCUCUAGGCAUCUGAUCACUACGAGGGGAGAUCCCAAGCCUGUCAUCUGGGGAUGUUACUGCAGCCUGUAC